AUGUUGCAGAUGAGUGCCUAUCAUGUCGGACAGCUCGUCGACAAAAUGGCCAAUCCGGACAAGGAUUUUCGUUUUAUGGCAUGCAACGAUUUGAUGAAGGAUUUGAAACUGGGAACCAUCACGCUGGAGGAUGAUUCGACGGCCAAGGUGAUGCGUGCUCUGAUCCGUUUGCUCAACGACACGAACGGAGAAGUUCAGAACCUGGCAAUCAAAUGCAUUGGUCUUCUCGCGUCUCCAUCGAAAAUCAAAUCCCAUCAUUUGGAGCAACUCGUCGAGGAACUCAUCCCUCACGUCUUCUCAAAAAACGAACAGUCCCGUGAUAUCCAUGCAUUGACUCUCAAAUCAAUGAUCGCAAAUAUGCCACCAGCGUCAGCCAACAAAGACACGCCAGUUGUGAUUAAAAGAAUGCUUCCAAAGUUUUUGGAAUCCAUCAACACCUGUCCAGUUGACGAUGCGGCUCGUAUUGAUGUGCUCGAUUUGAUUGGAGAAAUCUUGUUGAGAUUCGGAGAAGAUGUUCCACACCUUCACCCAGCUGCAUUGAAAGUCAUGACUGAUCAUUUGUAUUCUGGACGUUCUGCUAUCAGAAAGAAGGCAACAACUGGACUCGGACAUCUUGCUUCAGUGAUUAACAGUACCCUUUACGAUGAGCUCGUUAUCAAUCUCCUCGCUGAGUUGUCCAAGAAGACUGUUGAUUCCUCAUCUCAACGUACGCAGGUUCGUACCCUUGUUGUAGCUCUGAGCACUAUUGCUAGAGCCAGUGGAUCCAAAUUCUCAAAACAUACAGCUCAUAUGAUGCCACACCUUCUGAGAUAUCUCGACGUGGAGGAGGAUUCGGAUAAUGACGAUUUAAGAGAGGCUGCACUUCAAGGUCUCGAAGUGUUCUUGUACAGAAGUCCUCAGGAAGUGAGUGCUUUCCAAGCUGACGUCAUCAAACACCUCACGAAAGCACUCCGAUACGAUCCAAAUUAUGAAUAUGGAGAUGAUGAAGAGGAGGAUGAAAUGGAGGACGAUGAAAAUGAGGAUGACGAUGACUACAGUGACGAUGAAGACGUUACCUGGAAGGUCAGAAGAGCUGCUGCAAAGGCGAUGGAAGCUAUGGUAGCGUCGCAUCGUGAAUCGAUUCUCUACUUGGCUCAAACUCUGGGGCCAAUUAUUAUCGGAAGAUUCAAAGAGAGAGAAGAAACUGUUCGCACUGAAAUCAUCUCUGUUUAUAUUGCACUUCUCAACCAGAUCUCUCUAUUAGUUCCGGAUCUUCAGAAGGCUAUUGUCUCUUCCGACGAGGAUUCUAUAGAGACUGACGAUGUCGUUGUGAUUGGAGGAAUCAAAUUCUCAACUCAUCAUCUUUCUGGAAGCCAAGUGGAUGUUAUCAAGAUGCUCGGGGAGCAGAAGGCGUCCCUUUUGAAGGCUAUCGUGAAAUCGCUAAAACGACACCCGAAAUCAGGUGCCAAGUGCAUUGAGCUUCUCUCUGCUCUCAUUCGCACGCAUCCAACAUUUUUGGAGGAUUCUCUGGAUGAAGUCAUCCCAGCUGUCGCCAGUAUUCUCACUGAAAAGAAUGCAUCUGCACAGGGAAAAAUGGUGGUCCUGGCGUUCAUUUCAAAGGCAUUGGUGACCAAUGAACCAAGGAAAUUCCAAAAACUCCUUACUCCUCUGACCGCUGUGAUGACUCAAUCGAUUUCCGAUUCAUUCUAUAAAGUUUGCGCUGAAGGACUCUCGGUGUCUUCUAAGUACGUGGAAGUGCUCAGAGUGUUGGCUCAAAAUGGAGGAAACGAGGAGGCGAAGAAACUGCUCGUUGUAAUUGUACAGAAAUUCAUGUCCAACGAAACGGAUCAAGAGGUCAGAGAGAAAUCGAUCAGCGCUAUCAGUACGUUGAUGUCGGCGUUCAAGGAUCAGCUGAAGCCUGAAACACCGGCGAUUCUGGAGAAAAUGACGGAGAGAAUCGGAAGAGAGAUGACAUGUCUUAUGGCUCUUCGUGCUUCGUCUCAAAUGGUUGCGGUAGCUGUGAGUCCACAGCUCCAAUUUUUCCUGUACCAGAAUAAUGUGACUAAAAUUUCGAUUGUAUUUCAGAUGACGUGCCUUGUGUUCGUCGAGAAGCUCAUGAAGCACACACCAGCGUCGUCGAUUCCAGAUGAGGAGCUGACUCAGGGCCCUGCUCUCCAAUCUCUCCUCAGCCUGUUCUCGGCCAUCGUCAAGACCGAUUUCGACGGAAAGCCAACGUUCGAGAACCUUCUGGACACCGUCACCUCUCCAGUCUACGACAACCUGCCACUCUCUAGACACUCUCACCUGGCCAUUGCCUCCUGUGCAGCUGUUAUAACUGAAAGCACUCAAAGCCUUGAAAAGAGUCGUGCUCUCGCCAAGAAACUCGCUCAACAACUUCAAGUUCCAACGAUGACUGACUCGAUUCGUCUAUUCGCUAUGAUCACUUUGGGAGAACUUGGACGUCGUGUUCCAGAGACUUAUGCUCCUGAUUUCCCAGUUCAACCGGAGGAUUUGGCUAUUCGUGCCUUUAAUAACCCACAUGAGGAUUUGAAGGCAGCGGCUGCUCAGACUCUCGGAGCAUUGGCAGUUGGAAAUUUGACAGUAUACCUUCCAUUCAUUUUGAAUCAAAUUAAAACUCAACCCAAGAAGCAAUACCUCCUAUUGCAUGCGUUAAAGGAAGCCAUUGUUUGGGAAUCGUCUUUGGAUGAGGGCUCAAAAUCCACUGCUAUCUUCCGAUCAGCAAUUGGAGAUAUUUGGGGAAUGUUGAUGGCUAACGCUGGUGGAAGUGAAGAUGGAACUAGAAGUGUUGUUGCUGAAUGUCUUGGUCGUCUAUGCUCAUUUGACCCAGAAACUCUUCUUCCACAACUCAAAGAACACAUGAAAUCGCAAGAUCCAACGAUUCGUGCCGCUGUUGUCUCUGCUAUCAAAUAUAUGAUAAACGAUGAUAAGAGAAGUGUCGAUGUGUCUCUUCAGAAGUAUAUCAAGGACUUCCUUCAAUCGAUUCGCGAUCCAGACCUCAAGGUUCGUCGUGUGGGACUCGUUGUGCUCAAUUCGGCUGCUCAUAACAAGUCGGCACUGAUCAGAGAUCUUCUUCCGGAGCUCCUCCCACAUAUUUACGAAGAGACGAAACUUCGAAAGGAACUCAUAAAGGAAGUCGAAAUGGGACCAUUCAAACAUCUCGUCGACGAGGUUGAGAAGCUGGAAGAGCUGAAGAAGGCUGUGAUUCGCGUUGUGUACAUGUUGAAGACAAAAUUGCCGGAAUUGGAGAGACAUCCACAGUACUUGGAUCUCUACAAUACUAUUAAGCACAACAAGGAGUUGGAGUCCCUCUCGGAAGACGUCCUCCGAGAGUCUCAACGUGCCGUCGUCUACGAUACCCCAAUGGAAACUAUCUGA